AUGAUUGAACUCUUUUCAGUUCAAAAUGAUUUGGUUCAACUUCGAACCUUAUGGCAACCCAAAAAGUCGUUGCAUUUCAAGCCUUACGAUACCAGCCUCCUUCUACUCGUAGCUUUUCAAAGCAAGAACAAGUGGAAUGCAAUAACUAUAAAAAAAUUUAAUAAUUAUGGUAUCAAACAACAUCAACCUACAAGGCCUGUGACCGUCAUUAACAUCAUAUGA